AAUCCUAAAUUCACUUUUUCCCUCCUGAAUUUCGGAGUUUCCAUGGCGAAGCAGAAGCAAGUCGCUCCUGAAGACUCUGACGACGAAUCGCAGGUUCCCAGGCCUCAGCCCGAACAAGAAGAUAGCAGCGAGGAAGAAGAAGCAGCAACUUCAUCUGACGAGGACGAAGACACAGACGAAGGCGAAGAUGAACGUGAGAAACACGUGCUGGUUCCCAGGAAGCCUCAACCGCAAAAGGUGUUUACUAUUGGGCCGAUAAAUAAAAAUUGAUGCAGGCCCAAAUCAAAAUAUAUAUUCAGCUUUUGUUGGAAAUAAACAUCUAUUAUUGAACGUGUAAAUAGUGUAUUAUGAUGUUUACCUUCACUUUAGGAGGGAAAAUGAAAAACAUAAGCCAGAUUUAUAAAUGGUUUCUCUGGUUAUUUGGUUUUGCAUUGGUCAAUGCAUUGGUCUUGUUCUAUACAGAAAAUAUUAUAGAUUUAUCCUUUUUCUAGUUCCAAUUCUCAAUGUUCAGGAUUAGCAUCCUAUGAUUAAUGAAUUCUGACUUAUUAUUUUCAUCUCUGUUCUUAUGGGAUACACUGAUCUUCAUUCUCUUGGCUUAGUGUUUUGUGCUGUGAUUUGACCUUUAUGAAUUAUGGGUGUGGGAUAGCCGGAUAGGGAUACAAGUAUACAAUAACUAGUUUACUAAUUGUAUCUAUAUUUAAACAACUCCUAAAAUCUAAAUUUCUUGAAUCUCUGUUAAUAGUUUCACAUAUGGUUUAACAAUGACUAAUAAGGUUUAUAUGAUGGAAACACAGUAUUCCUUAAAUUUUCUUUCAGUCAUGUCUCUAUUAAAGUAGCAUAAAUUUCUGCACACCGAGAAAAGCUUUUCUGCACAGUAUCUAUAUUUAAACAACUCCUAAAAUCUAAAUUUCUGCACACCGAGAAAAGCUUUUCAUUGUGUGUGGAAGAUGUGGCCUUUUUCUGUUUUCUUGCAUUUUGUUCCGAGUCUUUGAAUACUUUAAUAACAUCAUGAGGGACACGGUUGCUUUGGAUCAUAUAAAUUUUUUCCUGUGUAACUGCUACUAAUAUGGAUAAUGGCUGUGAUCCCUGAUCACUAGGCUUGAGAAUUCAGCAUCAAACCUUGCAGGAUCCGUACAACAAGGUGGGCCUCCAGGUUCUAAUGCAACUUCCCUAUUAGAGACUGGAAAAGCUUUUACUGCAAAGGGAAUGCAAAUGCUUGAAUAUGUUGGUAAGGAGACAAUGGAACUGGAAUUGAUGUUGAGAAGCCUAAUACAGAAGGUGGAGAACAAAAAGAUGAGGAUCAAUUAUUAGAGGAAGUGACAUUUGAUCGAUGCUUUUACAUUUAUGGAGGUCCGGAGCAGUUGGAGGAACUGGAAGCUCUGUCUAGUCAUUAUGCCCUGUUGUUUAACCGAAGAAAAGCAAAGUUAUCAGCAGAGCAAAAGUCUGUAUAUGAUGGGAAACUGAAAGAGGUCCAACAAAUUUUUAAUUUGAGUACUGAAAUGGAUGGAAGCAGUGCUGAUUUAAACAAAGGAAAGACAGUAAAGAGAGAAAAUGAAGGAAGCGGUGAUGAGAAGAAGAAUUUACAUGAUUCAAGUGUCAACAAGGCUGCUGAAAUGGCUGCAGGUUUUACGAAUGUGUUGGCUGGGCUAGCUGUUAAUGAUAUAAUUCAGAGAACUACUGGAAGAUUAGAAUCUCUUCAUUCUGAGGGAGUUCAUAGACUAUCUGAAAUGUGCUGUUUUUCAGUUUCUCAACUUCUAAUGCUUGGCAAAUCCAUCAUUUCUUGUGCCAACAAAAUCGAGGAUGGAGAAGUUGAUGAAAAUAAGGUGAACAUUGAGUGGCCUGAAGAUGUUUCUGCCAAAGCCAAGAUCAUAAGGUUAAAUGCCCAGACAAUGAUAGGAUACGUGGAAGCAGUUUCGAACAGUUUUAUUACAGGCAUAUCUGAUGUAACCGAGGCCUAUCAAGCUGCCAUUAAAGUUGUUACUACUCCCGCCGAGUCUCGUACGGAUUCUCCCCAAAAAUCAGUCCCGGAAAAAGCCACCACUUUCUCUGAACACCUUCGAGCUGAUCAAGCCACAGCAAUAAGCAAAAUCCAGGACGGGUUGCAGUUUCUUGCACACGUAGUCAUCUCAACCUCCAUGAAUGCUGCUUGAGAACCCCCAUGUUUUUAUUUGUAAAUAUUCACGGUUUAAUUUGAUA